AUGCAGCAGAUGUUGGAUGACAUGCGUGCAGGCACCUUUGUUGAUGUGCCACAAGAUAACACUGGAUCAUCAAAUAGGCCACCAAUUCCUGAAGAUUCACCAGCAACGUCUUUUGACAAGCUACUGGAGGAUGCCCGACGUCCUCUUUUCGACGGGUGUACAACAUUUACAAAGUUGUCUUUCAUUGUGAAGUUAUUACACAUCAAAUCAAUCGGUGGAUGGUCAAUUAGAUCAUUUGACAUGCUCCUUGAUUUGUUGCGGUCUUCUCUUCCUGAUGCGCUCUUACCACAAUCAUAUGAGGAGUCAAAGUCUUUGGAGCGCGGGUUGGGUUUCAAUUACCAUAAAAUCCAUGCGUGCCCCAACGACUGCAUCUUAUUCUGGAAGGAAUAUGCCACGCUUAAUGAAUGCCCUGUAUGUAAGGCUUCGAGGUGGAUGCCAAAUACACACGGAUCACGCGUCAUACCUCAAAAAGUGUUGCGCCAUUUUCCGUUGAAACCGAGAUUGCAGCGUCUUUUUAUGUCUGCGAAGAUAGUAGGUGAUAUGAGAUGGCAUAAAGAGCAUCGGGCAAUAGAAGAUAGUAGUAUGAGACAUUCGGCUGACUCUGAGUCUUGGAAGAAAUUUGAUGAACAUGAUAGUUGGUUCGCUGUGGAUCCUCGUAAUGUUAGGCUCGGACUAGCAAGUGACGGCUUCACUCCCUUCAACAACUUGGCUAAACCUCAUAGCAUUUGGCCUGUGAUCCUUGUCCCGUAUAACUUGCCGCCAUGGUCAUGCAUGAAAGACCAAUUCUUUAUAACAUCUCUGAUUAUUCCAGGGCCAAGGUCACCAGGGAAUGAGAUCGAUGUUUACUUGCAACCGUUGCUGGAUGAGUUGCUUGAACUCUGGGAAUAUGGGGUACCUACAUAUGAUGCCUCAAGUAAGGAGACAUUUACGCUGCAUGCUGCAUUGUUGUGGACAAUCAAUGACUUUCCUGCCUACGGGAAUCUCUCUGGCUGGUCAACAAAGGGAAAAUUAGCUUGUCCGUCUUAUAAUGCUGACACGGACUCCAAUUGGUUGAAAUAUGUCCGAAAACAUUGUUAUAUGGGACACCGACAUUUCUUACAGCCAGAUCACAUGUGGAGAAGGAGGAAAGGGUUGUUCAACGGUAAAGAAGAUCAUCGCAUGCCACCAAGGGAUUUGGGAGGAUACGAUAUUCUAAAUCAAUUGCAGAUGAUUGGGGAUGUGACGUUUGGCAAAUCUCUUAGGAAGAGAAAACGUACUGCCGAAGAGUUGAAUUGGACAAAGUGCAGCAUAUUCUACACGUUACCUUACUGGUCAACACUUCGACUUCGGCAUAAUUUAGAUGUUAUGCAUAUUGAGAAGAAUAUUGCCGAGAACGUCUUAUUCACUUUAAUGAACAGUUCAGGAAAAACCAAGGAUAAUAUCAAUUCAAGGCGUGACCUGGAGGGGUUUUUAAGAAGUGACAUUGCCUUGACUUUGACUGAACUUAACACUUUCUUCAAAGAGUUGUGCGCUCGCACACUGGAUGUGAAUCGCCUAUCCCAGCUCCAAACUGAUAUAGUCACCAUUUUAUGCAAACUGGAGAUGAUAUUCCCUCCCUCCUUUUUCGAUGUCAUGGUCCAUCUAGCUGUCCAUUUGCCCCAUGAGGCUAUACUUGGAGGUCCAGUACAAUAUAGGUGGAUGUACCCAUUUGAGAGAUAUCUAGGCAAAUUCAAGCAGUAUGUUAAGAAUGUUGAGACGAAGUUCAAUCGAGCGGACCGCAACAUUGAUGCUGAUGAAGAGGAAACUAUAGAUGGAUUUCAAAUUUUUAACCAGAAAGUUCGUCCUUUGGGUAUAGCUUCCAAUGUGCAAUUAGAAGAUAAACUCUUUAAGGCAGCCAUUUGGGAACACUACGAGAAAUGUAGGGUGCAACACCCAAACAGCAUCGUGAGCAUGCAUCAAACCGAGUUUGCAACUUGGUUCAAGCACUGUAUCCAGGAACAUCAUACCAAGAACCCACUUGAUGUGUCAGCUGAUCUGUAUGCGUUGGCUUGCGGGCCUGACCGUUGGGUUGCAUCAUAUGAUGCAUGCAUAAUAAAUGGAAAGCGGUUUCAUACGAAGGGUCGUGAACUUCGCCGGCGUACACAAAAUUCUGGAGUUUUGGUAACUGGGGACGAGGACACAAAUAAUGCAGACUUUUACGGUUGUCUUAAAAAUAUCAUAGAGUUACGCUACAUGGAGUGGCGUCAGGUGUACCUAUUUGAAUGUGAUUGGUUUGACGUUGGUGAUAAAAAACGAGGGGUACGGGUGGAUGACCAUAUGAUUAGUGUCAACUUGAGCAGGACUUGGUAUAAGGAUGAACCGUUCGUGUUGGCAAGUCAGGCUGAUCAAUGUUUCUACAUAAGAGAUUUAAGGGCGAAAGGGAAUUGGGGUGUUGUGCAGAACUAUACAAAUAGGAAUGUAUACAACAUUCUGUCCAUGUCGAGGAGUAACGCAGAUAUUAAUGAUGGCGAAUCAAGUACCCAUGAGGCCGAUCAAGAAAAUGAGUCAUCAUAUUAUUAUGAACCAGUGCAGUGUGAUAACUCUGAUCCAGUGUCAACUCCACUGGAUCGGCUUGAUAUACCACCUAGCCAUAUUGAUGCACGGGAAGUCAUGCAUGUGGAUGGUCAAUGCAUAGAUUCAUCAGACUUUAUUAAUGAUGACAUGAUGAAUUCUGGCUCUGAAGAUGCGCGUAGUGAGGGGGAAUAUUCAUAUGAGGAGGACCUAUCCACAGAUGAUGAUGUUGGGUCAGAUUAA